CAAAACUGCAGAUUUUUUUAGGGACAGCUUCAUAGCAUCCUCCCUCACAACCGUGCCCACUCCGACGUCGUCGGAGGCUCGGCCCAUCGGCCCGAUCGGCCUUUCGGCCCGCCUGCAGUCGGACGGCAUGAAGCAGUGCUGGGACUCGCUGGUGGAGCUCCGGUCGUGCACGGGGGAGGUAAUCCUCUUCUUCCUCAACGGUGAAACGUACCUGGGCCCGAGCUGCUGCCGGGCCAUUCGCGUCAUCGAGCAUCACUGUUGGGCCACCGACGUCUUGCUGGCGUCCCUCGGCUUCACGGCUCAAGAAGGAGACAUACUGCGCGGCUACUGCUAUCCAGCAAAUGAUUCCUCCGACCCGUCAACGCCGCCGCCGCCGCCGGCCCCGGCGUCUAUCUCUCCAGGGCCAGCAUCCCACUAGAAUCGAGAAAUGGUGUAUGGUGUUUUUAACUGUUAAAGUGGUGGCCCAUGCACGUAGGUUUGCAUGGUUUGUGUUAGUCAUUUUGAUGUGAGUCAUACCUAUAUAUGUGUGUGUGUGUGUUAGGGUCAAAUGGGCUUAGUAUGGUUGGGUUAUAUGUGAACCUGGUAUGAGUCAUUAUUAAUCCCCAAUGUGUAAGA